AAAAAUUUAAGUAUUUGGAAAUCCGGAAAACAAAACUACAAAAAUUCUUGGAUGUGAUGUAAGGAUAUGUUUUGGGAAUCUGAAUAAAGGCACUCCAUGGAUGAUGAGUUAGCGAGGCAUUCCCGUUCAUCGAUAGCCAGCCGGUCAUCGAAAGUUUGCGUUUAAAUAAAUCACAGCGAAAAUAUUAAAAUUCGUUUGACCGUCGAGAUGGCUGGAGGUCUGUCCGAGGUGGUGUCCGAGUACCUGGACAAGGGAUUAGUGCUCGUGAUUGCCGACUUGCUCAGCUUAAUCACAGUCUCAUCAUGCUUGGUGAUCAAGGUGCCGCAAAUAAAUACGAUAAGAGAGAACCAAUCCUCGAAAGGUAUAAGCGUUCUUGGGCUAUGCCUGGAGCUGUUCAGCUACACAGUGAUGAUAUCCUACAACUACACCAGUGACUACGAUUUCCUCUCCUACAUGGAGUAUCCCGUGCUCCUUCUGCAAGAAUACAUCCUCAUCUACUACGCCUUCAAGUAUCAAAAUCUACUCGGCAAGAAGACGCAAAUAUUUGCCGUCGCCUAUGUGAUCAUAGCCACGCUCAUAUACCUGAAACUCUUUCCCAUUAUCAUCCUUACAUUCUUGGUGCCUUUUUGCACGCCCAUUGGGGCAACCAGCAAGGUGCUCCAGCUGCUGGCCAUACUGAGGACAAAGGAUGCCAGCUCAGUCAGCCGCACAACCUGGGCGCUCUCUGCCUUCACCAACAUGACUCGCAUCUAUACGGUGUAUGUGCAGUCGCAUGACUUGAUGCUGCUCUCGAACUUCCUUAUAUCGACGUUCCUCAGUGCUUCCGUCUUUGCAGCCGCCUGCUUCUAUAAGAAGAAGGUGAAGAAGGCCUAAGAGAACCAUCCAUGCUCAAGAUUAUCAGUCGUUGUUGUAGUUUAUUCUUAUCCGUUUAAAUUGAUAUUAUAGAUUCAUCUUUAAAGUG